AUGUUCCGCGGACACCGCGCUUGGUUCUCGCAGAGCGAAAAGCCCUGGGGAGCAACGGGAGUCCCACAGCCAUGGGGAGCUGUCACAGCUUCCACUUCAGGGCCCAUCUCUGCGGCCUCACAAGCAGCUGUCACUGUGCCAGGUCACCCCGAGGUGGGAACCCCCUGGAUGCCAUCCUCACCUCACUCCCUGUCCCCUGCAGCAGACGGUGGCGGGACGAUCACCCACUGGCUGGAUGCUGACUACCUCUUCAGCAGCGAUGCUGCCCACCCUGACACCCGCAGCAUACACGAGAGUCUCAGUUACUUGGAGGGCAGAGCCACCGUCUUUCACUCCUGUUACCUCUCAGCGUGUGUGAGCAUCGGCGCUGGAGAGAGGCCCUCGGUGGCUCUGGGCCACUUCGUCCUGCCCCCUGCCUGCCUGCAUGAAGAAAUCAGAAGGAAAAUUGGCCGGUUUAUUUGGGAGAAGGCAGACGCCCUUGAAGAACAGCCCGAAGAAAAUCCGACACAGGAAUCAGAAACAGCAAGAAACAGCUGUGAGGAAGAAUCAGAGGAAGAAGUGCUAGACCUGGCUGAGAGCAGUGAAGAAACAGACUCUGAAGCACCUGCCCAGGGAGAAUUUCCAUACCGUGCCCUCCAGGAAUACCCGAUAAAUAACAUGGUGACAGGCUAUGCCUCUGCACAGGACAUGAAGAAAUAUGAGGGGGAACUCCAUGACUUUAUCCCCGGCACCUCGGGCUAUGCAGUGUACUGGGUUCAAAGCAAAUUUAGCACUUCCUGUGAGAAGACCAAAAUGAAGAGGAAAUGGUAAGGAACAGGUGGCUGGAGCAGCAAAAACUUCAAUCUAAGAGCUGCCAGAUGAUUUAUAUAAAUUAUCUGACUGCAGCUCAGAGCACUCAAUGUGUUAUUUAAGUACUGGCUGCAGUUAUAGUAUUUACUUCUUUAAAUAACUACUUAAACUAAAUUUCACAAAAAACAUAAAUACAGACAUUUCUCCUCA